GUUGGCAGGAGCUGGGACCGAGCAACGGGAGCUCACCCCGUUGCAGGGAUUCGAACCGCCGACCUUCUGAUCAGCAAGCCCUAGGCUCUGUGGUUUUCCCACAGCGCCAAUAAGGCAGCAAAACGUUCAGCACAGAUAUAACAGUGCAAUCCCAUGCAUGUUCACCCAGAGGUAACUUCCAUGCCAUUCAGUGGGGCUUUAUUCUGGGAUCUAGGUAAAUGUCAUAGCAGAGAUAGGGAACCUCAGUUCAGAAUCUGAAUGCCCUGCUAUCCAACCCGGUAGGCUUUCCACAGGCAACACCCCUCAUUUGGUACAGCUGAAACAUAGCUAUAUUAUGCAGAUGGAAGAGCCCCAUCCUCUUCUGCCCAUUUUUCCUCUUCCAGCAAAAUGGCCCCCAGCUCUCAGAAAGCUGGCUAUGGAAUAUUCAGCAUUCCUAUGCUAUAGGAUGGCAACCUGAAUGUUUUUCUUUGAAGAGUCUGCUUUUCGUAGCAAGUUUAACAUAGAGCUUAAUUUUAAGCCUUUGUUUUCAUUGCAGUCACUGAGAUGCGCUUAUAGGUUACGUUUCAGGACUAAAGACAUGGAGAGAUUUGCUUUGGCUUCUGUUGAAUCAGGGUGUACAAGAUAAGUUAGUAAACACACUGUUACACAUUUCUAGCAGUUUUUGCAUCAUGCCAAAAAAAUUUAGGCGGUAGGUAGCACCGGCUAAACAAGAGCCCAGAAACCAUGAACUCUAGUAAAAGUUAGCACAAAGGCGGAUGUCUAUGGUAAUUAUAUGUUCCAAAAUGCCAGCAGAUGCCAAGUCCAUGUUGUCUUUGCCUCUAAAACACUCAGCUCUGUUUCUCUGUAUCAACUGAGUCGGGUGAGGCUGUGCACAUCCUGGACUCAGUGUUUGGCUGGAUGUGGACCAAUAAGUUGAAGCUGAAUCCUGACGAGACAGCGGUCAUGUGGGUGGGCCAUAACCAGGUCCAGAAAUUGGAUGCCGAAGAGUAUCAGCCCCCAAUAUGGAAAUCAUACCUGUAUCAGUUACAACAGGAAGCACCUCGUCCCAAGAGAAUAAUUUGUCCGCGAGAGGUGGAGAACAGACCAAAAUACUACGGACGAGAGUUUCAUGGGAUCAUUUCUCGCGAGCAAGCUGAUGAAUUGCUUGGAGGUGUAGAAGGAGCAUAUAUUCUCAGAGAGAGCCAGCGGCAGUCUGGAUGCUAUACCCUAGCUCUCAGGUUUGGCAAUCAGACCUUAAACUACAGGCUUUUUUACGAUGGGAAGCACUUUGUAGGGGAAAAGAGGUUCGAGUCAAUCCAUGAUUUGGUAACAGACGGCUUGAUAACACUGUACAUAGAAACCAAGGCUUCUGAAUAUAUUGCAAAAAUGACGACAAAUCCUAUCUAUGAACACAUUGGAUAUGCCACUUUGCUUAGAGAAAAAGUAUCCCGGAGACUGAGUAGAUCAAAAACUGAAUCAAGAAAAGCUAGCGUAACCACAAGUGAAGAAAACGCACCAGUUGAAAAGAUCACCUCUUUGGUCCGAAGAGCGGCAUUAACACAAAACGACAACCAUUUCAACUAUGAAAAAGCACACAAUUUUAAGGUCCACACGUUCCGAGGUCCACAUUGGUGUGAAUACUGUGCCAACUUCAUGUGGGGACUCAUUGCUCAGGGAGUCAGAUGCUCAGACUGUGGAUUGAACGUACACAAACAGUGUUCAAAAUAUGUCCCCAAUGACUGCCAACCAGACCUCAAGAGGAUCAAACGAGUCUACUGCUGUGACCUCACCACACUAGUGAAGGCCCACAAUUCACAGAGACCCAUGGUAGUGGACAUAUGUAUUCGAGAAAUCGAAGCAAGAGGUUUGAAGUCAGAAGGGAUUUACAGAGUCUCGGGGUUCACUGAACACAUUGAAGAUGUCAAAAUGGCCUUUGAUCGAGAUGGUGACAAGGCAGACGUCUCUGCCAACAUAUAUCCAGACAUAAAUAUUAUUGCUGGAGCACUGAAGCUGUAUUUCAGAGAUCUGCCUAUCCCGGUUAUCACCUACGAUACGUAUUCCAAGUUUAUAGAUGCAGCAAAGCUCUCCAGUCCUGAUGAAAGACUAGAAGCUGUCCACGAAGUGUUGAUGUUACUUCCUGCAGCACACUACGAGACUCUUAGAUAUCUGAUGAUUCAUCUCAAAAAGAUUACCAUGAAUGAAAAAGACAAUUUUAUGAGCGCUGAAAAUUUGGGAAUAGUGUUUGGACCUACUUUAAUGAGACCCCCAGAAGACAGCACCCUUGCUACGCUCAAUGACAUGCGGUACCAGAAACUCAUUGUGCAAAUAUUGAUAGAAAAUGAAGAUGUUUUGUUUUAAAUGAACAAAGCUGUAAACUCAUGGCCAUCUGCUAUGAAAAUACAAGUUUAAAGGGAAAACAGAUUCCCAUAAGGAAAAAAAAUGGGUAGCACAUUAUUUUCUGCAGUGUUGCAGAUGAACACCAAAACAUUUAGUAAAAAGGGUAUGUCUUAUAGACAUACGCCUCUUUUUUAAUUAUUUAAGAAAGAACAAAGGUCAGAAGAAAAUCAUCUUGCCUUGUAUCUUUUGCCUUGCUUCCAGUGUUAAUGAUGUAGAAAGGUUACAGACUGUUCUACUGUAACUUAUUAAAGGACACAAACUUUGUAUUUUAUUUAGAUCAUUGAAGCAAAAAGGUACUUUCAACCUGAUGCUCAAAGUACUAUGCUGGCACGGUUCCUAUUGAAAAGAACUUGGUCAGCAUAGCAGACAUGUAGGAUUGUAGUUGUAAACCCUGAUUCAAGGAGGGUAAACCAUAUAUGGGGGGGACGGGGGAACAGGUUUCCCGCAUCCCUUUUCGGCAUGCAAUGAUUUCUAGAUCAUGGUAGUUAUGUGGAAAUAAGUGGCAUUGGACUUGGUGGGAUUUAUUUUCCCCAUGACAACCAUAAUGUAGCGCUCAAUACAUGCUCUCUAGUAUUUCAGUUGUGUCCCUCUUACUGAAAAUAAUGGCAAAUUACAUAGUAGGAUUGUAACAUUGUCCAUGAUCUGAUGCCAAGCAGAGCUUCUGUACAGGCAGGGACUUCCUGGUUCUCUUCUAUGAACUGUAUAAUGCCUUGUCUACAGAACAAAUAAUUUCUGUAUACAGUUGUACCUUGGUUUUUCAACAGCCUAGUUCUCGAAUGUUUUGGCUCCCGAAUGAUCGAAACCUGGAAGUUUUCAAACUUCCUUUUGGAAGCUGAACAUCCGAAGGGGCUUCCGAUUGGCUGCAGGAGCUUCCUGCAGCCAAUCAGAAGCUGCGCUUUGGUUUCUGAACGCUUUGGAAGUCAAACGGACUUCCGGAACAGAUUCCGUUCGACUUCCAGGGUACGACUGUACAUGGGGGCAUUUCUAUUUACACAGGAGAAAGAGGAAGACCCUACAUACAGGAUAUUUUAUCUUGUCCAAUAUCUUAAGGAUCAGGUUGUUUGUCAGUAUUAGUUUUUAUAGGGGUAUACGAUUUCUUUCUAAUUAAGACAUAAUUAUACUAUGUCUAAAUGGAAACAAACAUGUAUUUAAAGUAUAUUUUUACUUUAGUUAGCUGCAGGAAUUUUGUUUUAUUUUAGCAAGAUAUAAUUCAAUGCGGUGCAUUGAUGACUUCCCAUAUAAUUCUCUUAAGCAUUAUUGCUAUGGAUAUUGAAAACAUUUACCACUAGUGCAGUAUUACCCUGAGAUACCUCUUUCAUUGCAAAUGCUUUUAAUAAGACUUCAUUUCUCAUGCUCAUCUUAAUAUUAUUUGGUUUGUUAUGUUCUAGCAAUUCAUGUUCUUUGCUUUUAGAAGUAUACAAAUACAGUAUUCUAUUUAUCCACCCUCCUUCCAAAAAGAGGAGCAUCAAAGGUUUAUAAACAGACACUAGCAUCAACUACUACACAUAACACGUUUUUUGGAGUACAGUAAUGUUUAAAAUAAGUGAUGCCAGAAUAUUGGAUAUUACCUGGUCUUGCUUAAAAGUUAGCACUUAUUUAGGGUUAAUUUUGUAUUAUUAUUUCUAAAAAUCAAGUUGCAUUACUUUGCUUCUGUAUUUAUAAAAGUAAAAUUACACACUUUUCUUCAGUGUCUUCUGACAAAUUUGUUAAUAAAGGAAAGAGAGGUGAAGGAGAGAGAAUUGGUAUAUUACCAAAUCUCAUGGGGGUAUCUUUCAAAAGGCUGACCUCUCAAUGCAAUAUAAUGAAAUUCAUCCUAAUAUUAAGACUUUUUUCCCACAUGGAAUUUCCUCAUCGUGGGAUUUUUUUGUACAAAUAUUUCAAACACAAAGGUAGCAUAGUUUAUUACAAAACUGAAUUUACAAUACGAAAGACUCUAUUGAGCUCUCCUCCUGAUUUGUACAAAUCAUAAGUUUCAAAACCCAAUUAUGCUGUUUUCUGAAUUAUUUCAGGGAGCAUAGGUUUCUAUUAAAAUUGAGAUGGGGAGUGUGCAACAUGGAUAAUGAAAAAAGAGUAAAGACAAAAGGAGGCACAUGAAAUAAUGUAUAUCAGUUAUCCUUUAUAUAGGUCACCAAGGGCUAAGUAGACAGACCCAGGCUGCAGGCCAGAUGUAAGUGAGGUCUGCUUUGCUGGUACAAUGCUAGAAGGGAAUCUCCUAAGUUGUACAGAUUUCAAUUGUUGUAGGUUUAUGUACUAAAUACUGUCAUAAAAUGGUAUGGAAAUGGUUUUAUUUUGUGAAGUGAAAUAUGCUUUGUAAUUUAUGAUAGUGUAAAUGGAAAGGGGAAAAAAUAUCCCAUUAAAUGUGUUGAGACCCUGUCU